UCUCUCUCCUCCCCACUCCGCGCAGGCAGCUGCUUUGCUCUGUGCUCCCUUCUCGGGCCUCGGUUUGCUCAGAUCCACCGCGUCGCGCCGUCGAUCCGACGCCGAUGCGGCCGCCGGCGCCGGCGACGACGGCAGGCGCGGGGGGGAAGGUGACGCCGAACCUGGCGAUGGACGCGGAGGGGACGCGGCUGCUCAACCUCACCGUGCUGCAGCGCCUCGACCCCGCCGUCGAGGACAUCCUCAUCACCGCCGCCCACGUCACGCUCUACGACUUCAACAUCGAGCUCAACCAGUGGAGCCGGAAGGACGUCGAGGGAUCGCUGUUCGUGGUGAAGAGGAACAAGCAGCCGAGGUUCCAGUUCAUCGUCAUGAACAGGCGUAACACCGAUAAUCUCGUGGAGGAUCUAUUGAGUGACUUUGAAUUUGAACUUCAGCCUCCGUAUUUGUUAUACCGAAAUGCUGCACAAGAAGUAAACGGUAUUUGGUUUUAUAACCAACAAGACUGUGAUGCUGUUGCAGGUGUUUUUGGAAGGAUAUUGAAUGCUUACGCCAAAGUGCCUCCAAAGCCCAAAGUACCUUCCACAAAAAGUGAGUUUGAGGAAUUGGAAGCUGUUCCUACAUCCGCUGCUAUAGAUGGCCCCCUUGAACCUUCUUCGUCGUCCACUGUUCUAGUUUCUAAUGCCCCUGAUGAAUCAUUGACUGAUUAUUUCAGUGGCGCUGUUAAUGUUGGGAAUGUAUCAAUUACACCAAUGGUUGGAAGAACUCAUCAGCCUAUCGAGUCUGUUGCAUCCUCACACGUACCAUUGAUCAUCCCAUCUGCUGCUCCUACACAUCAAAUGGGUGUUCCUUCAGGGGCUGCGUCAGCUCCACCACUGCCCGUCAUUGACACUAACGUUCAUUCUAGCCACUCAACAAAUCUUGUAACUCCAGCCUUUUUUGCACCUCCCUCAUCGUCUUCUGCAUCAUUGGUGGCACCAGCUUCAUCCUUUAUGCCCACAGCAUCACCUUUUCAUCCAACUUCUGCCGAUGCUCACCGUCCAGCAUAUGGACAUGGUACACCCCUUCUUCAACCCCUUCCGCCGCCAACACCACCUGCAUCACUUACCCCUGUACACAACGAUGAGCCUGUUAUUUCGAGGGAUAAAGUUAAAGAUGCUCUCCUGAGGCUUGUUCAGAACGACGAAUUCAUCAAUUUGCUCUAUCAGGAGUUACAGAAUGCACAUGCGUAGACUGCUUACUCAGCCUUUAUGGAGUGUCUGGCCUUGACGAGAGUUCACCUGUUCUUUCGUAGUUUUGUGUGCUUUAGUUCUCAAAACUUUAUGUACAGCUUUGGCUUCUUUUUAUAUCGGAUGUCCGCGAAGAGAUUGUGCAGCUUUGUCUUGAUGCAUUAUUGAUGUAGAGUUUUUAUAGCAAUGGCUGGUAGUAUUUCUUCCAAAUGGUUGUACUUGUAUAGUAUUUUUGUUUCCUGUUGGAAACUCGAAAUCGGAAGCUGGACUAUGUGUGGCAACGUUAAAAUACUGUCCAUUUUGUGUGAUAUACUGCACAGUUGCCAUUUAGAUAUUUGAUAUCACACAUUUUUUUA